AUGGCGGAAAACGCGGAAAUCUUCUACAAGCGCCAGAGGGCCUUCCUGAACAUCUUCUCAUUGUGGCCACCAGAAUCAGGUUAUCGCAGGUCCCUGCACCAGAUCAACUUCAUCCAUGUGAUUGGCUUCUGGGUGCUGCUUUUCGAUCUGUUGGUGAUCUUGCACAUCUUGGGCAAUCUAAACCGAAUGUCCGAGGUAGUGAAGGCCUUCUUUGUGCUGGCCACCAGUCUGGGGGUCACCAUUAAACUCAUAAGCAUCAAAUGGUACAAUGUGGAGUUGGACAAGCUCUUUGGGAGUCUGGACGACGAGGAGUUUCGGCCUCAAGGACCCAAGGAGCGGGCCAUCUUUGCCGCUGCCUGUGAAACAAGUCGUUGGCAAAGGGAUGGAUAUAUGUUCUUGUCCUUGGCGGCUCUGGGAAUGAUUCUGAUCCCGCAGCUCAUCUUUGAAUGGUCGCACUUGCCCCUGCCAGCAUAUAGCCCCUUUGAUGAAGAUCCUCGCAAACCCGGCUACUGGAUUCUCUACACCUACCUGUUCCUAGGAGAGACAAUAUCAUGUCUGACCAACAUAGGAUUCGACCCCCUCUGCUCAUCGCUGUUUAUAUUCAUCAAGUGCCAGCUGGACUUUGUGGCAGUGAGGUUCAGUAAAUUGGACCACGAAUCCGAGGAUGACAGUACCGUUGGUGAGGAGCUGAGGAAGUGCAUCCGCCAGCACAUGGCCAUCGUGGAUCUAACAGCGCAGGUGGAGAAGCUUCUGACCAAAACGAUAUCGCUACAGGUCUUUUGUUCGGUACUAGUGCUCACGGCCAACUUUUAUGCUAUAGCUCUGCUCUCUAAUGAGAAGCUAGUCCUGUUCAAGUUUAUCGUUUAUCAGGCUGCCAUGUUGGCGCAGAUCUUUAUUAUGUGCUACUAUGCCGGAGAGGUCACCCAGCGCAGCUCAGAGCUCCCACAUGAACUCUACAAAACCCAGUGGGUGAACUGGUCUCGUCCCAACCGCAGGAUUCUGCUCCUCUUCAUGCAACGCCUUCAGUCAAAUCUCAGGAUAAGGACCAUAAACCCCAGUCUCAGCUUCGACUUAAUGCUCUUCAGCUCGCAUCAGUUGGUCACAGAGGACUUUUACAAGUACCAGGUGUGGUACUUUCAGAUCCUGGGCGCUUGGAGGCUACCUAUUUGGGCCACAAAUGGACAGAAAAGACUCCACGCCUUUCGCUUUGGAUUCAUCCUGGUGAUGCUCUGGGUUAUGCUAUUGCUCUUUGCUGUGGAGCUGGUCAACAAUAUAUCCCGGAUGCGGCACAUCCUGAAGGUGUUCUUCAUGUUCGCCACGGAGAUGUCCUGCAUGACUAAGCUGAUGCAUCUGAAGUCUAGGAGCCGGAAACUGGCGUACAUGGUCGAAAUGAUGAGAUCCAAGACAUUCUCCGCUCGGGAAAGCGAAGAAAUAGAGAUAAUGGAGUCGGCCAGGAGGGUGGUGAUCAAAAUGAGAAAUUUCUACGGGAUCUCGUCCCUGGGCACGGCCUCGCUUAUCCUGCUAGUGCCCUUUUUUGCUGGAUUGGAGGAGCUACCUCUGACCAUGUACGAGGUGUGCAACAUCCAGGGCAGCUUGUGCUACUGGCUCCUGUUUGUGUUCCACUGUGCUUGCCUGCUGCCCACCUGUGUCCUGAACAUUACCUACGAUUCGGAGGCUUUUUCUCUCCUCACCUUUUUGAGAGUACAGCUCCAGAUGUUGGUCCUGCGUCUCGAAAAACUGGGUUCGAAAAUUGAUCCCAGAGAUAACCAACGGAUUGCCUGGGAGCUGCGGGAGUGUGCCAGAUACUACAAUAGCAUCGUGCAGCUCAAGGAUUUGGUAGAGGAGUUCAUCAAGGUUCCGGGAUCAGUACAGCUUAUGUGCUCAGUGCUCGUCCUGGUAUCGAACCUCUACGACAUGUCCACUAUAUCGAUUGCCAAUGGAGAAGGAAUUUAUAUGGCCAAGACUUGCAUCUAUCAGCUGGUGAUGCUUUGGCAAAUUUUCAUCAUCUGCUACGCCUCCAACGAGGUGACCAUUUACAGUUAUAGGCUCUGUCACGCCAUCUACAGUUCCCAGUGGACGGCCUGGAGCAGGAUCAACCGACGGAUGAUCCUUCUGAUGAUGAUGCGCUUUGACUCACCUCUGCUCUUACGAACCCUUAAUCCCACUUUUGUUUUCAGCUUGGAGGCAUUCGGUUCUAUUGUAAAUGUCUCGUACAGCUACUUCGCCCUCCUGAAGAGAGUCAACAGUUGA